AUGGGCCACAUAAUAAACGACGUGCCUGAGGAUAUUUCGUACUGGCUCGUCGUGAGAGAGGUCAGGGUCUUUGGACAUGGUGCGGGUUUCCCGGAGGAAGACAUUGCGGCCGGAAAAAAGGUUGUUGCUAGCAAGAAGGAUACCGCUGGCAAACGCAAGAAGAUUUCCAGGACCGGUCGCCCGGCGCGCAAGAAGGCCCGCCAGGCAGCUCGGGAUAGCACGGAUUCAGAGUCGGAGAGCGACUCCGGAUCCGUGCUGUUGGGUGGUAAGAAGGCUUUGGCCAUCAAGCUGUGCAAGGUGGAACCGGAGCUGGAAAUGAUGAAGAAGCAGUUCCAGAAUGAAUACAGAGUCAACCAUGACUCUGUCGCCUCCGAGUAA